UGUAUCGUUGUUAUUCGAAAUUUUCUUAUCAAUAAUUUGAAAGUAGGUAGUCUUAAAUAAUGUGUGAAUAGCAAUCGAGUGAUAAUUGCUUUGUAUUGCAAGUCGGCAGUGAGUGUGUCAAGUAAUUAUGCUAUCUUGUUCAAGAUUAUUGUAAAUUUUUAUCGACUUGGCGCCUGCUUGAACGGUCCUGUGCUCGGGCGCUAUGAACGUGGAGCUGUCAUGCCCGGGGGGCGGGGCGGCCGUGACCUCCACCUUCGUGUCAGCAGUGCAGUUCUUCGCGGCCUCCCAGUGCCUGCUGUCGGAGCCGUGGCCGGAGCAGGCGGCUCCUGUUAAUGAGUCCACCUUCGACUACAUCGUCGUGGGCGGCGGCACGGCGGGGGCUGCGCUGGCGGCUCGGCUCGCCGCCUGGCCGGGCGCCACCGUGCUGCUGGUGGAGGCGGGCGGGGACCCCCCGCAGGAGGCUAUAGUUCCAGGAUUCCGUGAUGUCCUCAAAGGCAGUAAGUACGACUGGAACUUCACGACUGAAAAUGACCACUCUUCAAGCCAGGCUCUCAAGGGUGGCAGGCAGCGGCAACCACGGGGCUACAUGCUGGGUGGCAGCGGCUCCUUGAACGACAUGGUCUACGCUAGAGGUUUCCCCGCCGACUUCGACGAGUGGGCUCAAACAGUCGGCGAAGACUGGGCAUGGGGAUCCGUAUUGGAGUAUUUCAUGAAGACUGAACAUUUGACAGACGAAACAAUAGUCAAUAAUCCUCAUUUAAUGAAAUAUCAUGGGCGAGGCGGCGCUAUAGAAGUUUCAGGACUCAACGAGUCAACAUUUGACACGGAUCGUUUCUUGGACGCUUUCAAAGAAUUAGGUUUUAAUAUUGUUGAUGAUAUGACGAAUCCAGAAACCAUUGGUGCUGGAAGAUUCUCACACACGAUCCGUAACGGCCAACGGGACAGCUCGCUCACUGGUCUUCUUAAUGAAGUGAAUGGAAACCUUAAUCUAUUUAUUCUUAAAAAUACGUUGGCGACGAAAGUCCUGAUUGAAAAUAGUACGGCUUAUGGAGUACGAGUGCUAUCGGAUAAUGUCGAUUUGCAAUAUUAUGCCAGAAAGGAAGUUAUUAUAUCUGCAGGCACAUUUAAUACAGCUAAACUGUUGAUGUUGUCAGGGGUCGGUCCAAAAGAACAUUUGGAUAGUUUGGGAAUCAGAGUGAAGAGCGACCUUCCCGUCGGGACCAAUCUGCACGAUCACGUUAUGGUGCUGACCUACUUGGCUGCGGAGAACGGAACGUGUUUCACGAGCCCGUCGACUACGUACAUGGACAUGAUCAGAUACCUCUACGACCGGACAGGAAUGUUCUCCUACUCCAACAGCAUGGGAGCUUACGUAUCUUUGGACGGAGAUCCUAAUGUUCCCGACUUCGCUAUAUACCCAGUCUGCGUUCCUAUGGGCAACAAUUUCUUCCAGGGCUGCUCGUCGGUACUGGGUUUCAGUGACGAGAUUUGUAAUCAACUGCAUGAGAAGAACAAAGAGUACGAGCUGUUGUCCCUGGCCGUGGUUCUCCUGAAGCCGAAAUCUCGAGGCGAAGUCCGUUUGAGAUCCGUCGACCCACUUGACCCGCCUCUCAUUUACUCCGGUACCUUUAACAACGACGAUGACCUGGCCGGCUUUCCCCAGGUCAUGGAGAUCGCGUAUUCGUUAGUAAACACUUCAUAUUUCAAACGAAUGAACGCUCAUGUCGUCGAUUUGAAUAUAAGCAGCUGUUCUGAGCUGGUGGGCCGGGAAAGACUGCGUUGUUCUGCAAAAUCGAUGGCUACUUCGGCGUGGCACGCUGUAGGAACAGCCGCUAUGGGAGCGGUGGUUGAUUCGCAGUUGAAGGUAUAUGGAGUGUCUGGGUUGCGGGCGGUGGAUGCCAGUGUGAUGCCGAAGGUCACCCGCGGGAACACCAACGCCCCCGUGGUCAUGAUAGCGGAGAAAGCCGCGGACUUCAUCAGGCAAGAUCUCGAAAGCGACAUUCUAUAGUUCUGGCGCAGAAUUUUGACGUAUUUUACCCACGUGGUUCCACUGCUAGGCAUAUUCUUCUUUGCACCAACUUCUACUGCGGUUCUGUGGUAGUGUCAUAAAAUGUCGCCCCGUGAUCUCAUCUCAAAGAACCAUAGUAUUAUUAGACGAGUGAGCUAACAUAGUCGCACACUAAGUAUUAAUGUUUGUAUUGGCCGUCCUUAGGAUAAGUUGGUAGAUUUAAAUGUAGACUAUAAAAUUGUGCUGAAAUGAAUUAAUUGCACAAGAUUUUAAUUAAAUUGAAUAAUAAUUUUGAUGUUUACAAUGUGCUGAUUAAAUAUACCUAAUUUAAGAGAUUUUUGACAAAUUGUAAUUUUCACUACAAUAAAUGCAUAAUUUCAAAAU